GUAGUGAAGUUGUAAAAAUGAUCAGAGUUUGUUACUUGGGCCUCAACAGAUUCAAUUAUGACAUGUUGGACAGCAAUAUAGAAUUUGUUAAUCAAUCAUUAAAAAUAUUCAAAAACGAUAGGGAUUUCUUUUACUAUAGCUGUGUUUUUAAUAUAUACAAGAAUGACUACACUAAUGUAUAUUGCAACUCUAGUAAUAUAAUCAAAACCAUUCCAAAGGAUAUCAUCAACUCUCGUGAAAUCUUUUUAUAUUACAAGACCCUUUCAUCCAACUUUGAAUUGUUUGAAGAUUCAGACCUUCAAGACAGUUUCAAGAAUCAAUUGCUUAAUGAAAUAUCAAAAGACUCGUUAGAAUUUGCCAACUGUGACAACUUUGAAACCAAAUUAAAGAAUGAAAAGGCUACCAACAACAACAAGAACAAAAAUAAUUCAAACAAUGAAUUCAUUUUAUAUUCGCCAUUCAUCAUUGAUUUCUAUUCAUUAGUUUCAUUUUCAUUUUAUUUGAUUAGUAUCAACAACAAGAAUAACAACAAUAACAUGGAAGAAGAAGACGCUAGCAGUAAUAAAAAGGGGGAUAACAAUAUUAACAAUUAUAAGCUAUCUAUAGAAUACUAUAAUUUAGCAUGCAAUUACCACAAUCAAUUAAAAUCAAAAUUACAAUCAAAAACAACAAACCAAGAGGAUCAAUUAUUAUCUAAAGAGUUAUAUGUUAAAAGAAUAGAUUAUUUAGAAUCUAUUUUAAGUAAAUUAAAAAUUUUUUUAAAUCAAUAAAAAUACUUUUUUUAUCAAUG